AAGUCCCCUAAAACCAAGAAAACAGAAAAGCCCAAAGACACCCCCAACUUUAUCUAUAUCUAUAACUUCGAAAAAAAGAACAAACCUUUACUCUCCAUAAUUUGGAUUUGUAACUGCGCCUAAACGUGCAUUUGGACCUCAAAGGCCCUAUUUUUGCCUACUGAAAUGGAAACAAAACUGAAGGCAGAGAAAAAACAUGGUGGUGAAGCCUCAACUCCUAUUUCUAUGGCUUCUUCAAAUUAUUCAAAAAGGAGAAACUUCAGUAGACCCUCUUGGCUUCUUUGCACAGUUGCUGAUUUGGAUGAGAAGAUGAAGAACGUUGCUCUGAACAUUCCAGAAAAAAACAAUGCUGACAGUUUUGCAGAACGUGCCGACGCCUAUUACCAGAAACGGCCACAGCUGUUAGCCUUACUUCAAGAAUUGUACAACAGCUAUGUCUCUUUGGCAGAUCGCUACUGCCAAGCACUUGCCAAGAACCAUCAUCAUAAUCGUCGAUAUUCUUCUCCUAUACCAUCAUUAACUUUCAGUGAGAAUGAUAACUGUGAUGAGGAAGACAAUGGUGGAGAGAUCAUUGAGUCUGAUGCUGAGAGUUCAUUAUCAUAUCAACCUUCCUUUCCACCUUCAACACAAGGCAAAUUUGAUGCAGACAUGAUUGUUGCUGACUUAGUGAUCAGAACUGUGGAAUAUGAUUUCGUCUUAGACGAGCUUAAUCAAGUGGAAAAGCAAAACAAUGAGUCAUUAAGGAAGGUAGAUUUGCAGAAAAGCUUACUGGACGUGCUGGAAUCAGAGAGGUUGAUUCUGUUAAACGAAAAUGCUAGAUUAGGAUACAAGGUAGCUUCAUUGAUGGAGGAAAACAAAGGGUUAUCUUCGGAAUCUCUGUUCUUGAAGAGGAAGGCUGCUGAGUUAGCAAGGUGCAUAUUAAAGAUGAGGGAGGAUCAUAGAGUUUGUAUGCUAAGUCGAAAGAUUGAGGAUCUUCAAGGGCAAAUAUACGGGCUGGAGAAGAGGAACAAGGAGUAUUAUGAUCAGCUUGUAAAGCAUGAAGAAGAGAAGAAGAGCAGGUCCAAAUCAAUGAAGGGUAAAAGAGAAGUUAGUCUAAAGGGUUGCUUUAAAGUUCCUGAAGAUGUUGUUGCUGGGAUUACCAGGAGCUUUAGUUUUGGAAAUCUGAAAAAAGGUGACCAGCAUGGAAAUUUUAAGGUUGAAGAUGAGAAGAAAGUUCCUAAGUUGUGGGAUAGGGUCAAGAAGUUUGAUAUCUUCCUUUGUGGACCUAAUUUCAACUCACCCUAUUGCUGAUUAUAGGGAAACAAAUGUUUACUAGAUUGAAAUUAUAGCUUUACUAGUAUACUGUAAGUUUAAUUGAGACUUAACUCUUGUAUUUUGUAUGUUCUAUUCCA